AUGGAAGACACAGUUGUAACACUGAUAAAUUCAACUAGUUCAAACAUGAACAUAUCUAAUAAUUAUAACUCAAUUCUUCCAGUUGCUUCAGUAACAAGUACAACAUAUUGUAACCAAAAGACUAUUGCUGAUCAAUACACACUAAACAGAGAGCAGAAAGCUGCAUUCAUGAUAAUCACAAGUCACCUUGACGGUGAUAAACAGUCACAUGCAGGAGAUAACAAUGGUCAACUCAUCAUGUGUAUACCCGGGUGUGGUGGUACAGGAAAAUCACAACUUAUUCGUGCUGUGACUGAAUAUUUUCGUGUUACAAACAGAAUACAAAAGAUGCGAAAGCUAGCACCUACUGGCAUUGCGGCCGCUGAAAUUGGUGGCAUGACUAUCCAUUCAUUUUUAGGCGAACAACGCAAUUCAGGAAAGCCACGAACUAUUAAACCAGGCGAUUUAAAGCUGGAAAAAGAAUGGACACUUGUAGAGUAUCUCUUGAUUGAUGAAAUGAGUAUGGUUGGUUUGACUUUACUUGGAAAACUCAAUCGAAUUCUUUGUGCCGCUAAACAUGGCGAUCCGCAAAUUCCAUUCGGUGGUAUAAACGUGAUAUUCUUUGGUGAUUAUUUACAGUACCGGCCAGUAUACGAUGCCCCGUUACAUACUGACUUUUCGCCGGAAAAUAAAAAGAAAUUCAAUAAAUUACCUUCGGAAAAAGAAAUCCAACAACGUGUUGCACGUUCUUUAAUUCUACAAAUGAAUUGUGUGGUCAAACUUACUCAACAGAUGCGAACAGAAGACAUACGAUAUCUUCAGUUACUUGAACGACUUCGUCAAGGUCAAUGUAGUUAUGAAGAUUAUGAAUUAUUAUUGACGCGUGCUGUUGGACAGUCAUCAGUAUCUCUUCAUGAACCACCAUGGAAUCAAGCUCCCAUGCUUGUGUUUAGAAAUGAAAUACGAACGCAACUGAAUCACAGGUCGGCAAUUCAUAAUGCAAUACAAACAGGUUGCGAUCCAAUGGUGUGUGUUGCCCAGGACUUUUGUAAAGGCAAACCUGUGGAAGAGCCGACACUCCUUAAGAAAUUAUUGGAAUUAUCUGACAGUAAGACUGAGCACUUACCGGGUUUGUUACCGUUAGUUCCUGGAAUGCCGGUUAUCAUUACACAAAAUAUUGCUAUUGAACUCGGAUUAAUUAACGGCAUGAAUGGAAUCUUUAGACAACUAGUCUAUGAUCUUGACUCAGUGUCAACAGAUAGUCUGUCAAAAACGUUUCCAGUGAACAUCCAGUAUGUGCACAAGCCAAUAUAUGCAUUGAUCGAAAUAAGCAAAUCCAAAAUUGAGUGCAAUCUUGAAAAGCUUCAACCAAAACUCAUUCCAAUACCAAUAAUGGAACAAACCUUUCAGGUAGACAUUUCGGAUAUUCUUCCGAAAGUCAACAACAAAUCAAAAACGAACAGAAAGGCAAUGCUAUCGAUUAAACGACGCGCGUUACCUCUUGUACCCGCAUAUUCUAUCACAACUCACAAAAGCCAAGGACAAACUUUAAGCAAAGUAGUCAUCGAUCUGAAGUUACCAAAAGAUACAGAUGACAUCGCUGCAGUGUAUGUACCAUUAUCAAGAGUGAAGCGUUUGGACGAUUUAAUUAUUUUACGACACUUUGAUUACAAAGUCUUAGUGAUCAAACCCAGCAAAUCUCAAGUUGCCGAGAUGCAAAGACUAGACAAACUCUACAUGGAAACACAAAUGCGUUUUUCAGAAUGGUUUUGA